AAAUUUAACUUAGUCUUCAGCGGCGUGCCUUAGAAACCUGUCGGUCUGCAUUCCAACGAUGUGUUGGACGCCAAGACGCCAAGAAGCAUCGUCGCGAAAUACAAGUGAGUAGAGUGUGCCUCGUUCGGCAACACCGCGUUGACCGUAAGCCACGGAAUUCGAGUAUAAAAAAAAAAUAAUAAAAUAAAAGUUGAAUCAGAAAACUCGAAGAAAGAGGUGGAACUAAGAAAAUGGAGUAAGUUAGUGAUAUUAUUUAUAAUUUUCUGUGACUUUUUGUGAAAAAUUUCAACUAUACAAUACCUUAAGAUAAACAGAGACAGCAUUUACAAGACAAUCACAAAUGGAACGUAUCAAGAUGGGACAAUUAACAUUCGAAGUUAUUGGUAUUUUCACAAUAUUUCUACUAUCCUUGGAUUUCAAUGUAUCCGCUUAUCGACAAGAAUCUGGAAUGUGGUUUACUUGGCACCCUCAGCCUUUAGAAGCUCCUCUCUAUGACGAAGUAGACUUUGAAUGCAGUUUAAACUUAGAAGCUGAUAAAUUUGCUUGGCGUCAUCGUGCGCUGAAUUCCAAACAUUGGGGUCCUCUUAUACCAAUGCCUAAUAGCGGAGGUAAAACUUCAAAAUUUGUCGUAAACUUUGAUAAUGAAUCUAAAGCUGGAGAUUACAGAUGUAUUGCAUUUUACGGCACAAGUGGUCUUGCAUCUGAACCAGGUAGAUUAAAACUUGCAAAGAUUGAUAAAUUUACUGACAAGGAUGAUAUUGAAAUACGGGUUCCAGUUGGAAACACUGUUCCAAUAACAUGUCCGGUACCAUUUUCGUCACCGGAAGCAAUUGUUCAGUUUUAUAAAAAUAAAAUUUUAUUAAAAAAUGUGAAUCUUAUUGGUGAUAAAACUAUGAUUAUUGAAAAUGCUCAGCUUUCAGAUUCCGGAAAUUAUGAUUGUACUGCUGAAAAUUAUAUUGUUACGGAAAACUACCGAAGCAAUUAUCAAACAAAAUUACAAGUUUACACAGAAAAAAAGAAUAUUAAUCCGUUCUUUAUUAAACAGCCACAAACAGAAUAUAAAGUAUUAAAAAACAGUAAUGUAACCUUAGAAUGUUUUGGUGCGGGUUAUCCUGUACCAAAAUUAUCAUGGUCAAGACUCGCAGGAUCUUUACCUCAGUCUUUUCAAUACAAACCUUCAGGAUUAAGUAUUACAAAUGUACAGCCUUCAGAUAGAGGAGAGUAUCAUUGCGUUUGGGCAAAUGAUAAUUAUAAUAUAAAAACUUCGAUAAUUUUAGAAGUUGUUGAACCUCCAAGAGUUGUUAAAGGACCUAAAACGUCAACAUUUUCUGAAGGUGGAUAUCUCGAGUUAUUUUGCAAUGUAACUGGUGUACCUGAACCGACAAUUGAGUGGUUAAUUAAUGGCGAAACACUUGAAUCAAGUUCCACAAUAGAAAUUAGAGGUCCCAAACUAAUUAUAGAUCCAGUAGAAAAAAGACACGCAGGAAUUAUUCAAUGCGUAGCUAGUAAUGAGUAUGGUUCUCAUUCAGGAUACAAUUUUUCAAAAGUAAAUCCUAAACAGCACAUGAGUGGUAGUAACAUGAAUUCACAUCAAGGAUCACACGGAGCUUCGGGUAAUGUUCAUAAACACAAUAAAGGUGGUAGUAGAAGAAAAAACAAAGAAAAUCAUCGUAAAGGAACUGAACUAGUUCCGCCAAACCCACCAGAAGUCACACGUCUCUCAGAUGUUUCCGUAAUGGUUCGGUGGACUGUACCUGAAGAAACCGGUCUUCCUAUUCAAUUCUUCAAGGUUCAAUAUCGAGAACUUGGACCGAAAGCAAAUAGCAAGCAAUCCAAGUGGAGCACUGCUAAUAUGGAAAUUCCAAAUCAUAUUAGAUCAUUUGAAGUGACAGACUUAGUACCAGAACGUACCUAUCGAUUUAGAAUUGCUGCUGUAUAUUCUAAUAAUGAUAAUCAACCUAGUGAGAAUUCGGAACGAUUUUAUUUAAAUCGUAUGUCAGGUUUCGAAACACAUAAAAUGCCCAUUCCAUUAUUAACAAAUACAGAAGCACUUGGACCAGACCGUGUACUUCUAAUUUGGCAGAAUCCUGAAAAAAUAGUUGAUAUCGAUGGCUUUUAUGUUUAUCAUCGCGCUUCAACAUCAGCUGGAGACUAUAUUAAAACUACUGUUGAAGGAAAAAAUUCAACUAAUAUUACGAUUUCUCAUUUACAACCAGACACAAAUUAUGAAUUUAAAAUACAAAGUUUUUCUGUUGACGCUGCUUCCGAAUUUUCAAAAAUAAUUCGUCAAAAAACAUUAAAAGCAGCUCCGGAACAACCUCCAAUACAACAAAUUUUACCCGAUGGCGGACCACAAAGUACUAGAAACAGGCAUAAUGGUACUUUGUAUGCAAUUAUCGGCGGUACAUUAGGAGGAGUUAUUCUUUUGGGUGCCUUGAGUGCAAUUGUAGUAAUUUACAAAAAAAGUCGAAUCAAACAAAAUCGUGAAUCUUCACAAAAUGAAGGCAAAUCUAUAGCGAAUGGUUUAGUUAUGAACGGUAGUGUGACAGAUUCUAAGAUAAACAUCACAUCGAAUCCUCUUGCUGUUCUUGACACCUCGGAUAGUACAAUUCAACCGAAGAACGGACAACAACUGUCAAUGGAAAUGACAUCAUUUACAAAUGGCCAGGUCAACAACAUUAUCAAUGGAAACGAUGGUUCCCUUACAAGUUCUGCUGGAUUCAACGGAUCCAAAGCCGAUAUCACACAAUCAUCGAUGGAUUGAUCAUACUCUAUUAGCAUUCAACUAGACUUGAUUUCAGUAAAAUAUAUUGCGGUAUUUUGCAAACUUUUUAUUUAAGUUUUAUUAAGUCAGUAAUUAUUAUUAUUUAAUACAAGUAAUCUGUGUUAAUUGAGAACGGCAGCUUCUUGAAAAAGUUAGGGUGUAUUUAAAUUUAUAUAUAAACAUGAAAUGUUCUUCAAAUUGUAUAUAAUGAAAAUGACUUAUUUUUUAUUAUAAAAGCGACUUUAUACAAUCGCUCAAUAUUACAAUUGGAACAAAACUACACGAUAGUACAUGACACUAAUAUAAGUUAUGUUUAGCUUUAGUUUUGAGUACAGUAUUGAGAUUAGUUUUGUAUAUGAUUGGAAAAAACAGUCACUAACAGUAAAUUUAGUGCCUUGUUAGAAGUACCUCUUAAAUUCGUAUAAAAAUAAGUAAAAAAGUUUUAAGUGAUAAUUUGGUUGUGCCAAGACGACAAUCGAUUUAUAAUUGCCAUUAUAUUAUUAUAACUAUUAAUAUUAAUUAUUAUUACUAAUGACAUUGGCGUAUACUGUAUUUUAGAAAAAUCGAUGAAAAUUUUGUAAAUAUCUAUGCAACAAAAAAUUUAUUUUUUAAUCAUUUUUUUAAAUUUAUAGGCGACUCGUUCAAAAUAUUUAUUUUAAUCAAUUUAUGUAAUUGACAAUAUUUGAACUUUUAAAUUCUAGUAGAAAAUUUAAAAGGAAGUACGAAUAGAUGUGUAAUAAUGAAUCUAAACCAUUUAAUAUUUGGUAAAAAAAAGUGCAUUAAAGUUUUCUGAUGCGAAUAAAGUUGUAUAUAAAUUUUAAUUUCAUACUGAAAAUUCAUUAUAUAUACAGUAUCUGUGCCUUUUGCAUCUUGCCUAUAAGUAGAGUUAUCCUUUACAUAUAUAUAGUUAUUUAUAUGAAUUAUGUACUUAAAUUUUUUUAAUAAAAAGUUUUUAUAAAAUGAA